UAUAUAUUUUUAUACAUUUGAUUUUAGAAAAAUAUAACCUGGAUCACUGGAAUAUUUUGGUUUCUCAUUGAGCCAUUUUUAUUCGGACUUAUAGGAGCCGAAGUCACAAUAGAAAGCUUACAAACUGAUCUAGGUUAUGGAAUAUUAAGCCUUCUCUUGGGAAUAUUUAUCCGAGUUGUGACCACAGUAGUUGCAAUGCAAUGUUCACCGUUAAAUUUAAGAGAAGUCAUUUUUGUCUCUACUUCUUGGCUCUCAAAAGCAACAGUGCAGGCUGCUGUUGGAUCACAAGCAUUAGAUUAUUCAAGAACAUAUAAUAAAGGAACUGAAUUUGAAACACACGGAAAGCAGGUUUUGAUGAUGUCAGUUAUUUCCAUUAUACUAACCGCGCCACUUGGAGCAGCGCUUAUGAAUGGUCUUGGUCCUUAUUUGCUGAAGAAAGACGGUAGUGUUGAAAACCAGCCAAUGGAGUCUGAUGACGAAGAAAGCAGUCCUGUGAAUGAAAGGAGAUAUACUGGUUACAGUUCCUGUUCAUGGACUAGUACAGAAAACUACUCCUUUUCAAACAGCGAACGAGAUUUUUCUGCUAGCGUUCUUAAAAGUCCACGAAAAUUAGAACAACACAAAGCACAAAAUUUGUUAAAAGGAAACUUUUAGAAGCAAAUCAAAACAAAUCUUGAGAUCCACACUGAAAGUUUAACAGUUAUAUACUAAAUAAAAAAGAGCGAGUUUUUCAUCAAAAUUUUUUAUAAGAAUGCCAUACCUCAAUUUUUUUCCUGAAUCUUAUGAGUGUAUUAUAAUUUGCAUUAGUUUCUUGUAAAUAACAGCAAUAAAUGCAUUUUACUGAAACCUG